CACGGAGGUGCAGGGCCACGGGCCGCCCAGGUCCUCCUCCGGUAGCGGUCCGGGAAGGCUCCCUCUAGAGUCUGGGGCACCGGGUACCUCCCGCAUGUCGCCCAGGGUGCCAGGGCCUUGCGCCACACCUGUCCACUCCUCCCUGAGGCCCCUGGGCGCGGAGCCCUGUGUCCGCCGUCGCUUUGAUCCGGGGGCCUCGCUGAAUAAAAGUCCCAGCGGCUCUCGGCCAGCGCCAGAGAGGGAGCGCUCCCGAGUCUGGCGGACCAGCGCGCAGAGCGGAGACUCCGGAGACACCGCCUCCCAGAUCGAACACUGUGGCCACGGGUGCGAGCGCUGCGGCCAUGGGUCCCGAGGUGCGUGCGUUGCUGCUGCUGGGCUUGCUGCACUGGGCGGGGGGCGGCGAAGCCAAGAAGACCUGGCGGCGCCGAGGCCAGCAGCCACCCCCGCCGUGGGCCGAGCCGGCGCCGGCCGCGGGGCAGCCGGUGGAGAGCUUCCCUCUGGACUUCACGGCCGUGGAGGGCAACAUGGACAGCUUCAUGGCGCAGGUUAAGAGCCUGGCGCAAUCCCUGUACCCCUGCUCCGCGCAGCAGCUCAGCGACGAUCUGCGCCUGCAUCUCCUGCUCAACACGUCGGUCACCUGCAACGACGGCACCCCGGCAGGCUACUACCUGAAGGAGUCCAAAGGCAGUAGACGUUGGCUGAUCUUUUUGGAAGGAGGCUGGUACUGCUUCAACCGCGAGAACUGCGACUCCAGAUACAGCACAAUGCCGCGCCUCAUGAGCUCCAAGGACUGGCCGCGCACCCGCACAGGCACUGGGAUUCUGUCCUCCCAUCCAGAGGAGAACCCCCACUGGUGGAAUGCCAAUAUGGUUUUCAUCCCGUACUGCUCCAGUGAUGUAUGGAGUGGCGCUUCCCCCAAGACUAACAAGAAUGAGUAUGCCUUCAUGGGCGCCCUCAUCAUCCAGGAGGUGGUUCGGGAGCUCCUGGACAAGGGGUUGGCAGGGGGCAAGGUGCUGCUGCUGGCAGGAAGCAGCGCGGGAGGCACUGGCGUGCUGCUGAAUGUGGACCGGGUGGCCAAGCAGCUGGAGGAGCUAGGGUACCCGGCCAUCCAGGUGCGGGGUUUGGUCGACUCGGGCUGGUUCCUGGAUAACAAGCAGUAUCGCCGCACCGACUGCAUCGACACUAUCACUUGCGCGCCCACCGAGGCCAUCCGCAGGGGAAUCAGGUACUGGAACGGGCUGGUCCCAGAGCCCUGCCGGCGUCAGUUCAAGGAAGGCGAGGAAUGGAACUGUUUUUUCGGCUACAAAGUCUACCCAACAGUGAGCAGCCCGGUGUUCGUGGUGCAGUGGCUGUUCGACGAGGCCCAGUUGACGGUGGAUAACGUGCACCUCACUGGCCAGCCAGUGCAGGAGGGCCAGUGGCUGUACAUCCAAAACCUAGGUGGAGAGCUGAGACACACACUCAAGGAUGUGUCGGCCAGCUUUGCCCCUGCCUGCCUCUCACAUGAGAUCAUCAUCCGAAGCCAUUGGACAGAAGUCCAGGUGAAGGGGACGUCCCUACCCCGGGCGCUGCACUGCUGGGACAGGAGCCUGCAUGAGAGCCAUAAGGCCAGCAAAGCCCCCCUGAAAGGCUGCCCCAUCCACCUGGUGGAUAGCUGCCCCUGGCCUCACUGCAACCCCACCUGCCCCACCAUCCGUGACCAGUUCACAGGGCAGGAGAUGAAUGUGGCCCAGUUCCUCAUGCACAUGGGCUUUGAUGUGCAGAGCGUGGCCCAGCAACAGGGACUGGAGCCCAGCAAGCUGCUGGGGAUGCUGAGCAGUGGGAACUAGGGGCCUCCCUGAGAAAGACACCAGUCCAGCUGCCCCUGACCAUACCAGGACACCAGGCCCAGCGCUCCAGCACUGCAACCAGACUCCUUCUUCCAGCAGCCUUUGCUGCAGCUCACUCACUACCUUAGGGAGGCCCAGCUAGACUGUGGCCUCAGGCAGAACCCAAGAUUCUGAGACCCCAGUACGAUGAGGGGGUGCCUCCCAACCCUCCCUGGGGAGCCAGAAGCACUGGAUUCCUCCGCCCACCUUCCCUUUUGUAUUAUUUUAUAAAGUGACUUUUUUAUUACAUUAAUUUUUUAAAAAAGAAAAAUAAACAAGAAAUAUAUGAUGAAUUAUAUAACAAAUGAUAAUGUUUUGUAACAUAUUUGUUUUUUAAAUAAUAAAAAAAAAGACAACAAAAGAG